UCUUUGCAGCAAGGAGUGAAUAAUGCUGAAAAAUUUGACUAUGUAAUGCAAUUUUUGAAUAAGAUGGCUGGUAAUGAGUAUGUUGGAUUCAGUAAUGCAACGUUUCAGUCUGAAAGAGAAAGUGGAGAUCGAAAUUUUGCAAUAGGAUAUUACUUAAAAGAAAAAAAGUGUUUUCCAGAAGGUACAGACAUGGUUGGUAUAUUAGACUUCUAUUUCCAGCUAUGCUCCAUUGAAGUAACAUGUGAAUCAGCUAGUGUGAUGGCGGCAACACUGGCUAAUGGUGGCUUCUGCCCAAUUACUGGGGAAAGAGUACUGAGUCCUGAAGCAGUUCGAAAUACACUCAGUUUGAUGCAUUCCUGUGGCAUGUAUGAUUUCUCGGGGCAGUUUGCUUUCCAUGUUGGUCUUCCUGCAAAAUCUGGAGUUGCUGGGGGCAUUCUUUUAGUUGUCCCCAAUGUCAUGGGCAUGAUGUGCUGGUCUCCUCCCCUGGACAAGAUGGGCAACAGUGUUAAGGGAAUUCACUUCUGUCAUGAUCUUGUUUCUCUGUGUAAUUUCCAUAACUAUGAUAAUUUGAGACACUUUGCAAAAAAACUUGAUCCUCGAAGAGAAGGUGGUGAUCAAAGGGUAAAGUCGGUGAUAAACCUUUUGUUUGCUGCAUAUACUGGUGAUGUAUCUGCACUUCGAAGAUUUGCUUUGUCAGCCAUGGACAUGGAACAGCGAGACUACGAUUCUAGAACAGCACUCCAUGUAGCUGCUGCAGAGGGUCAUGUUGAAGUUGUUAAGUUUUUGCUGGAAGCCUGCAAAGUAAAUCCUUUCCCCAAGGACAGGUGGAAUAAUACUCCCAUGGAUGAAGCGCUGCACUUUGGACACCAUGAUGUAUUUAAAAUCCUGCAGGAAUACCAAGUCCAGUACACGCCUCAAGGAGAUUCCGACAAUGGAAAGGAGAACCAAACCGUCCAUAAGAAUCUUGAUGGACUGUUAUAA